UUAACUGUUGUGUUAGAGGACAACACCAGUGGGACAGAACCCAUGGAAGUCAAAGGUUCUCUUGUGUGAUCUUUGUUUUCCUUUGUUCUCAAUGAACAUGGACUCCUCUUUCAAACCCCUUUCACCUGAGUGCUUGCUGUAGAUGUUUGUCUAUAGCAGUGACUUGGCUUUUAUGGCCUGUGAGACAGGUACCUGUCACUUGCCACACAGGAAUAGAAACAACAACAUCAGGAAUGUCGCUGAGGUCACCUCAUUUUAUCUUUCCCCAAUUGCUUUAGUUAAUAGCACAGAGAAAGGGAAGAACUUUGCUCCAGCAAACAGCCCAAGGAGACAUUAAAGAGCAGGAUCUGUUGAGGGGAGGCAGAAGAGGAGCGGCUUGAGGCAGUUUUGCCCUUUAGAACAAACAGCCUCUGAUCUCCGGAGUUGAUUUCUCCCCCCUCAUGGGGCUGGCAAAUGUGAUAAUCAAAAUCGGGUCACCAGAGACCAAGGGGUGCAGGAGCAGCUGUUGCAUGCAGCCGUGCACAGGGUUUCUGUGCUAGCAAUGAUUCAUUUGGUCUGUGUAAUAUAUAUGGAAAUGUGCUGCAGGAGCAUCGCUGGAACCCACCCAUUGUGUUCCUAGAGCCCUGACAGUGCUGCUCCUUGAUUUGUGGACCUGACGUGGCUUUUUCCUUCUCGGUAUGGCAAAUAAACACGGGCAAUCUACCUUUACAGCAGGCAGCAUUACUUCCCUGUGCUCAUCUGUAUGUGUGUGCUGCUUUCAGACUGACAGAGCAAUAGUUCCAGCACAGAAAGCAUUGGCUAAAUGAAGGCUGCAGCAGGGAGUUGUAUGGAAAGCAAACAAAACCCUGCUGCAGAAGCACUGUGCCUCAACAGAUAAAGGCAGAAUAAAGAGGAUGAAGUGGGGGGACCAUUGUGGGGGUCACCUAACCUGAAAAAUCAGAGCUGAAAGGGGUUCAUACUCGAGUGGAGCAUUGGGCUUUAAUCUCCAAAAGCCUUUUGGGGAGUUCCUUCCACUCAAAGCUGCUUUGCCCCCACCUUUUCUUUCUUGUGAUGUCCUUUGAAGUUCCCUUCAAAGACAAAGCCAAACUUCCCGUUUCUGCUGGAGCCUGCAAUGAGGAUCCAGCUUUGUUUCAGCAGUGACUUGAGCGGGGUAAGUUUGUUGCUGCUUUAAAAGGGAGAUGCUUCAGACACGUUGUGACCCCCCCGGAGCCACCGGCUGUGCAUGGGGCUAAUCUGACCAUGCAGCAGCUGUCAUCACAAAGGCAGAGCUGGUUCAAACACAGCUUCUUUGUGCAGGGAUUGGGAAUGAGUUAAAGGGAAAGGUUCUUUGCUGCUUGGGCAGCGUUGGGCUGCGGGGCUGGAUCCGUCGCUGUUCGCUGGGGUUUGGUGGGUGAUCCCUCACAGGUGAGUGCGAUCCUCAGGCUCCAAUGUGGCUGCGUUUGCAGCCCCUCUGUGAUCCUGGAGCCAGGGUCUGUAGGUGCCUGCCUGGAUGCUGCUUGGUUGAUGGCAAAGCACAUCUGUGACCACCGAGGGCUCCAGUGCCUGCACAAGAAGAGCUCCAUGUGACUGAUGCGCUGUAGCCUUGUUGAGAAUCACACCAUACAACCUGGUGUAGGAGUUUCAGGUGAAUUCACUUGUGGUUUAAGGAAUGUUUUUUUUCCCUUUCUCCUCACUCAGAACUCCAGGAGUAACCUUUGGAACAAAAGACUUCAAAGUGACAGCAGCCUGAGCCUCUGGCGAUACUGAAGUAGGUAAUCUGCUAAUGCAUGAAUAUUUGAUGUCUCUACAGCUAACUGAAGGAAAUUGGGAGUUGAUAUCAACUGGUGUGCUUUGUAGGAGCUCCUGACAAAUGCAGCAAUUACCUCUAAUCAGUUAAUUACAGCAUCCUUCUGUGACCUGCCUUCCAGUUGCUUGAGCUCUCUUUUGGAAGAGGAGUGAGAAGCUGUUCCAUUCAGAGCUCUUCUCUGGCUGCUUCACUGAGGAAAUGCUUCCUUGUUAUGCUAUUAGAAAAGACAUUGCCCUCUAAUGCCAUAGUGAAAGUCACUGGUGUGUCCUCAGUCCAUCUGGCUGCUCUCUUUUGUUGCCUUCACACCUGCAAAUGCCUGAGCAUCAAAUGAAGCUUAUGUUGCCUGAUUCAGGUUAAUCAAGAUAAUAGCAAGGAGGAAAUGGAAGUAUCUGUACUUGUUCCACAUUCAUUUUGUUAUGUCUUUGCAGCUGGCAAUCCCUGGGGAAGUGAACUUCAAUGGGGCUUCCAGCACUGUUUGCUGUCUCUGCAUUCUGCCUUUCUAGCAAUGACUGUUGAAGGAAGCCAGGUUAAUUUGUGGCAACAGAACUAAACCGCUUCCUUGUACUCAAUCUCCUAAGCUGAUGUUGUAGCUUUGAAUACAUUCAUAAGGGUAACUAUGAAAUAGCAGCUAACAAAUGAAAAUUGGUGCCACUUCAUGAUGGGACAUCUCUCUUUAGGGUUUUAAAUAGAAAAUAAUUAGAUAAAGGGUUGAUAAAGAGUAGGAUACACAUCGGAUGACUGAGUGAUAAAGUAAAAGCUGUCUUGAGGAUUGCUUUACUCCUUGCUUCCUGAAUGUAAAUUGUAUGAGGCUUUCGGUUACAUACCUUUAAAUCAGGUAUACAUACAAGUAUACAAGGUAUACAUACCUUUAACUCAUGCAUUGUCCCUGCGUGUGUGGACUCGUCACAGGGGAAGUGUCUUGGUUACAGUCUGAAUAACGAGGACAUGGGCUGUGUCCUGCGGCAUUGAGGCCUUAGGCAACUCAGUGAGAGGCUUUCUGUGCCUGCCAAGGGGCAGACACAGCUGGUGCACUUCUCCCUCUGGGUCAAACGCUGCCUGAGAGCUCCUGAAGCUCUUGGCUCCUGUCUCCACACAUUAUGGUCUCUGUCUGUGCUGUAACCAGCGCCCUGCGGGAGGGGGAAUUAAUGAAUUAACUACUUAAUGAACUGUCAGAUUGCCAAACCUCUGCGAGGGAUGAUGGGGAGAGGCCUGAGUGCUGGCUCUGGUUCCCCUGCGCUGCUCUCUUCCAUCAUCAGCAGUGCUGAUGUGCUCAGCCCUCUCUUGGGGCAGAGAUGCAUGGGUAGGUCUUGGUCCUCCUGCAGGGUUUUCAGCCCUUUGUCUAUGAGAUCCUGAGCUCUUCUGAAGGAAAAGCCUUUUGCUUAAAAGCUUGAGUGUGCUUUUUAAUCCUUUCUCCCUGUUUUCUUAGCUCCUGGCCUACUCACUGCAAUCCAAUGCGCCUUUCCCAUGCACUUGGCUGAGUGCUCAUUGGGUUGAGUUGGCUCAGCCUGAAGGGAUGCAGGUGUUGACAUGGUGCAGACUGCUCCUCGUGGGAAGGUGAAGCUGCCUGUGCUGAGCUAAGAAGUGAUGCAGGGGGGCUUGGAGCAAUCCCAGCCCGGCUGCUCCCAGCGCUGCUCGCAUCCCUGCCACCAGCGCAGGAAGGGAGGAGGAGGAUGCUCUACAGGCACUGAGGAUUCGGGCAUUGAAAAGCGUCUCUAAGCAGAGCCAUGCUCCACCUGGACUCAGCACUAGGGAUGCAGCCUAAGUACAGAGUAACAGGAGCUUUAUGAACGUCACCAGUGAGGCUGCAGGGCUUGAAAAGGACCUUCUGCAUUUGACCUGUGCCAAAGAGAAGCUGCUUGUGGGGAGAGCAGAGGCAGCAGCUGGGGCAAGGGGAGGAGAUGCAGGAUGCCGCUGGGAGCUGGACCAGGGAAGGGGCAUCCUUAGUCUCGCAGGAGCACAGGCUUCUGAAGCAGAUCCGGAGCUGCAGGAGUCAUGGAGGCACAAUGAAAGCAUAGGCAGCCCCAUCCCACUGGCAGGCACCGAUGCUCUGUGUCCCCCCCCAGCCACCAUGGAGCUCGCUAACAGCAAAGACUUCCAAUGGAAAACCCUGGCCCCGCUCCCGAGCCGCAGGGUCUACUCCACACUGGUGGAAGCCGGGGGGCAAGUGUUUGCCAUCGGGGGCUGCGAUGACAACGGGGUCCCCAUGGACUGCUUCGAGGUCUACUCUCCCGAGGCUGACCAGUGGACAUCGCUGCCCCCCAUGCCCACGGCCAGGGCUGGGGUGGCCGUGGCCACCUUGGGCAAGAGGAUCAUGGUGAUCGGAGGGGUCGGAGUGAAUCAGCUGCCGGUGAAGAUAGUGGAGAUGUACAACACCGAUGAGGGCAAGUGGAAGAAGAGGAACUCGCUGAGGGAGGCGGCCAUGGGCAUCUCUGUGACGGCAAAAGACUACAGAGUCUAUGCAGCCGGUGGGAUGGGAUCCGACCUGCGGCCGCACAACUACCUGCAGCACUAUGACAUGCUGAAGGACAUCUGGGUGUCACUGGCAGCCAUGCCCACACCCAGGUACGCUGCCACAUCCUUCCUGCGAGGCACCAAGAUCUACGUGCUGGGUGGAAGGCAGUCCAAGUACGCCAUCAAUGCCUUCGAGGUCUUUGACACUGAGACGCGGUCGUGGACCAAGUUUCCCAACAUCCCCAACAAAAGGGCCUUCUCCAGCUUCGUGCCCACUGAAGACAAACUCUUCAGCCUCGGUGGCCUGCGCCAGGGCCGGCUCUACCGGCAGCCCAAGUUCAUGAGGACCGUGGACAUGUUUGACAUGGAGCAAGGUGGCUGGAUGAAGAUGGAGCGCUCCUCCUACCUGAAGAAGAGGCGAGCGGACUUCGUGGCUGGCUACCUGAAAGGCAGAGUUGUCGUGGCAGGAGGACUCGGAAACCAGCCGACCGUCCUGGAGUCCACAGAAGCCUUCCACCCCGAGAAGAACAAGUGGGAGAGCCUCCCCCCCAUGCCCACCCCGCGCUGCGCCUGCUCCAGCAUUGUGCUCCACAACUGCCUGCUGGCCGUGGGGGGGGUGAGCCAGGGCCUGAGCAGUGCUGUGGAGGCUCUGUGCAUCUCCGACCCCUGACCGCAUCCUGCCCGCAGCAGUGGAGGUGAUGCUGGGCAGCACCCUGGGAGCCAGGGCGCAUGGUCCUUCCCUUCCCGGGUGCUGCCAUUCCAGCCCCAUGGAGGGGAGGAGCACGUUGGCCCCUCCAGUUGUCUGUGGAGCUCUGUGGGCAAUCCCAGGUGAAGGAACCGCUCACAGCUGCGUUGGGAGCAUCCGGACAGGUCAGUGGUGGGUCAGGAAGAGCUGGGGGGAUGUUGUCCUCUUUGAGCAUCCUGGGAUUGUUGUGUGCUUCCCGGCACGGAUCCUCUCGGCUGGCAACAAGGGAAACCCCUACCUUGCAGCCAGAUUCCGGGGAUCAUUCUUUUGCCUUCAUAGCAAGGCUUUUCCUGCAAACCUGUAGCAUUUGACUGUCAGUUUGGCAGAAGCUGGAGCUGCCAAUGCUCCUGGGAGGGAUGGAUACCCAAAUGACUGUUUCGGCCAGAGAUAAGACCUUCCUUUUGGCACAGGACUAGCACAAGUACUGCCUUUGCUGGGUUUCAUGCAAAGAUGCCCUCAACCUACAAUGUUCCAAUUUGGUUUUUAGCUGCGUUAGUGAUUUGGGAUCCUCCUGUCAGCCCUGGGAGAAGGGAGGUGAUGGUUUGCUCAGCAGAGCCAGAAUUCCCUGGCUAUCACCUCCUCUUUGGUUUCCUGCUUCCCAGGUACUUUGCGGGAGGGGUGUCAGAACUGUUGGGCACCAGUUCUAGCUUGUAGUUCUUGCACCAUUAAAUACUGUCUUC